AUGGCAGAUGAAUUCAUUCGACAAUUGACACACGACAGUAAUCAAUUCGAGAAAGAAUGGGCGAACAUAGCGAGUCGACUGGAUCAACUGUUUAGACAAUGUGAGACGGAAAAUGUUGACGUAGAAAUUUUCAAGGUUAAAGCAUUGGAUGCUGUAGUUGACUAUAUUCUAGCUGAACCAAAUCCUACAGUCGAACAAAGCUGUAUCAAAGUUAUAUUUGUCGAAGCCGUAAUCAAACAUUGUGCUAGUGAACCCUUACCAUCAUUGGCGGAAAUUGUUCGUAUUGUUCGACGUAUUCUGGAUUGUGAAAUGAUUUUCAACCAAUGGUAUCUCAGUUCGAUCGAAGCAUUUCACUUUAAAUUUCAACUUUGUCUAUGUUUAACAUCAACUCAAUCGUACAAUCUAAUCGAAUCUUUAUUGCAAAGUUUAAAAAAACAUACAUUUUUAAAUGAUCAAUCCGAUAAAGCUACAGAAGAAAAAUGGCAACAUUAUAUUUCGCGACGAAUAUUUUCACCUUUGUCAUGUGAUUCGAAUAAAUUAAAUGAUGAAACGACAAUGCUUGCAAUGCGACCAAUCUUUCAGCAGAUUUUUCGACAUGCAGCUCAUUUGUCCCAUCAAUCACGUGUCUGGGCAUCGAUAAUAUAUGUUUUUACGCGAACAUUACCGACUUUAUUCGAUAGUUAUGUGAAUAUAGACGAUGCUCAAAUCGAUUUUUCGCUAUGUGUUGAAGAACCAAUUUCAACUGAUUAUAUUCUAUUUAUUUCAAAAUCGUACAAUCGAAAUCCGCAUUUGAUCAAAAAUAAUUUUUCUCAGGCAUUAUUGGUCAUCGAGCGUCUUCUCUUGGGACAUCAUAUUCGAGAAGUACGCUACUUUAUUGAUGAAGCGAUAUUGGCUCAUAUGGAAACGGUUGUCGAUAUAGAAGCAUUAGUUCAAAUGUUUGUUCGUGUGUGUCCAUUGAUUCCGAUCAAUCAUCGAAAAGAAUCAUGUAAAGAAGUUAUUUCGAAUAUCACCUACAAGUUAGGUCGAAUGAAAUGUUCAAAAAAAUUGGCCCCACUUUUCUUUGAUUUUGCUCUAAUUCUUCUCGAUUUAUGCGUUCUUGAAGCACCACAAUGCGCCGUAUAUUUACUUGAAAAGAAUGAUUUCUAUCCGUGGAAAGAUUUGGCACCGCGUUUUACUGAUCUUCUUCGUUUGUGUUCGACUUAUGACACGAUCGUGGUGGAAAAAACUUCUAGUGAACUCAACUCCCUCGUUACUAUCCUUCGAUUGGCAGUGGAUCGAGCUAAAGCACAUGCGAUUAUCUAUCGAUCGACACACAAAGAAGCUUUGCGAGCUAUAUCUCGAUGGACUUAUACGACUGAUAGUGAUAAUAAUAAUAAUAAUAAUAAUAAUACUCAUAAAAUAUGGUCUAAUCAUGUUUAUAAUAUGGGACAACCGAUGCUCGAUUUGAUCGAUCAACGACAAAUGACGAUCGAUAUUUGUACGCAAUUGAUCGAAGCGCUUCGAUUGAGAAUUGUUGACAACGAAUCAGGAGAAGAUGACAUACCCAUCAAUUAUACAAUGAAUUCAUUCUUCAUCAAUAUUGCUGCUCAACUAGCAAAUUAUAUAGAUCUACUGAAAGUCUUGUCACACGAUGCUCAUAGUCGAUUGGCAACACUCGUUUUCAUAACACUAUCUCGUCCACUUCGGUAUGAAAAUGGUCAAAUGUCUAUGGAAUUUACCAUCGCCGAGAGACUAUGGCAUCGUCUUUGUUCCUAUCUCACGUAUGAAGCUGAUGUUCGUCUCUAUGAACCGUGCAUUCAACGAAUACAUUCACUUGCUUGUGAUGAAGAUGAAACAAUAUUUUUUCAAUGGUGGUCAACAUUCUGGUGUCAUAUUACAAUGAAAGUACCAGAUGUUGCUGCCAAUUAUGUUGACGAUUUCUUUCGAGAUGUUUUUGAACAUAAGCAAAUUGUCAUAACAUCGUUGUUGCCUAUGCUAUAUUCAAAACGACCCGAAACGUACCAUGCACGAUUGAAUGAUAUCAUUGAUGCACUUCAUAGCAGUGAUGUCAACUCUAGCUGUUGGCUAGCUCAAGUGUUUGUCAAUAUUGCUCAAGAACGUCCGCAAUUGAUUACAUCCACACAAGUUGAUCGUGUAUUUGCCAUUAUUCAAAGUCGAACAAACUCUUCACACGAUCUUUAUUAUCUUUUUCAAGGACUCGGCUCUGUAGCCAAUGUUGAACCGCUUUUAUUUGAUCCUUAUCGUACUAUAAUCUUACGCUUUGUUGUAGAAUUUCAGAGCGUGUCAGCUAUGAAAUGUCUUCAACAGUAUUUUGUUGCUGCGACUCUCGUGACGAGUCUUGCUGUGCAAGUCGAUGCUGUUGACAAUCGCGUGAAUGAUGUCAGCGAGCAAGUAGCUGCACAAGCACGCGAGAUCGAACGUAUCGAUGCAAAAACUCUAAGUCAUGUUCCAGUCGGAUGGGGUCGUGAGGUGUGCAAACUUCUAAACCGACGUGCCAACAACGACUGGCGUUUACUCGGCAAACGUUUUGGCUAUUCAACCAGUGAACUGCGUCAUUGGGCUCUGCAAGUCGAUCCGACCAUGGCUCUGCUCAACGAAUGGUUCAUGACACACAAAACUGAUGAAGCUACCUACGGUCUAGUAAAGAUGCUCGAUGAGAUCUGUCGAGAAGAUGUCACAAUAAUCAUUCGAGACGCAGUAGCUACUAUGGGCGAUCUUAUUCCUGACGACAUGCCUUUCGAUAUCAAACGAUUGCCUCCAGUGUUUUUGUCUUAUCAGUGGGGCGCGCAACAGGCCGUGUUGAACGUGAAAAGUCAUUUGGAAGAAGCUGGCUAUGCCUGUUGGAUGGACACCAGUCAGAUGGGUGGUGGUGACAAACUGUUUGCCAAAAUCGACGCAGGGAUUCGUGGCGCCAAAGUUGUGGUUUGUUGCAUGAACGCGGCUUAUGCUCAAUCGGAAAAUUGUUCACGCGAAGUGCAUCUAGCCGUGAGUACCGGUAAACCCUUGAUUCCGUUGCAGAUGGAGAAACAAAAGUGGCCACCCGAAGGAGCAUUGGGUCCUAUCAUGAGUGAAUAUCUCUUCAUUCGUUUCUUUGAUCGCAAAGGUAACGAUCCGAAUUUCUGGCCCGCGGACAAGUUUAACGAGCUUCUCGGUCAAAUUCGUUAUCAUGUGGCGCCUGAUUUUGACAUGAUCACAGAUCGAUAUCGCAAUUGGUUUGUGCCUCGUGUCGAUAAUCUCAUCUUUUUGCAGCCGACGACCAACACGGAUAACAAUCAAGCGACUAAGAAAGAACAAGUCACUGAUGAUACACCACUGGUAGUCACGCAUCCUCAAGUAAUGAUCUCCUAUCAGUGGGAUCGUCAGUCAGACAUCAUCGCUCUGUACAAACGAUUGACACAACUCGGCUAUCGAUGUUGGCUCGAUAUCUUUCAGAUGGGCGGUGGUGAUUCGCUUUUCGAGAAGAUUGACGCAGGUAUCCGACAUGCCAAGUGUGUUCUUGCUUGUGUCACACCAAAAUAUACACUAUCUAUCAAUUGUCGACGAGAAAUGUCUCUCGCCAAUGCACUAAAGAAGACCAUUGCGCCUCUAUAUCUGGAAGAUACUAGCACUUGGCCUCCGCCUGGUCCGAUGGCCAUGAUAUUUAGCGACAAGCCUUUCAUUGAUUUUCGUCGAUCGAAUGGCAUGUCGGCGGACGCCAAUGUGUGGACAUCGAAAGAAUUUGAGAAAGUCCUUGGUCUACUGAGAGACGCUGUACCUGAAGUGCACACCGAAAAGCCUCAACGAUAUCUGCUGGAAAUGAAAAGACCGACCACAGCAACGGCGAAAUGUGAAGUAGCUGAUAAGCGUCUUGUCAGGGUUAAAAGUGCACCGGUGAAUCCACAAAGUCGAGCUUGCUCGAUUAUGUAA